AUGCAGCAGUCUAUCCAACCAGAUAUGGAGGUCCGCGGAUUACGUUUCAAACAAGUGAUAGUCAGCGAGUCUGCAAAUACAACUACGCAUCGAGAGUACAAGGGUUUACCGGUUCGAGCGCGAAACAAAAGCAAAUUCGGCUGUCGAGAAUGCAAGGCGAAGCGGGUCAAAUGCGAUGAAGGCUACCCGACGUGCAAGCGGUGCCAGCGUCGAGGUCUGGUCUGUACGUCGGUUCCGCGGCUAACACAAUGGCAAGUUGAGGCACCGUGGCUCUCAAUUCAACCUAAAACGCAUGUCAAUCAACGGUUACUACAGUAUUACCUGGAGAGAGUCAGCCAAGCGUUCGUCAUAGAUCCGGAGAACAAUCCGUUCUCUUUCCCUAUCUUGAAAGAUCUAGCCCAAUCCCCAGCACUACUCCAUGCCAUCCACUCAGUCAGUGCCAACCAUGAACAGUACUUCCCGGCAGAGGCCCCUAUUCUGGCCCUUGAGGAACAUGGCAAAGCCAUAGCUUGCCUUCGAAGAGAGAUAGAUCAAGUCCAACGUGCUCACUACACGCACUUCUUGACCAUAAUGCUAUUGUCUUUUAUGCAAGUUGUUGAUCCUGACCCGAAGGACUUUGGCAAACAGCACUUAUUUGGUGCCCGUGCCUUGAUCAACAGUAUGCUUCAAGACACAUCUGUGUCGACGACUAAUGACCCUGUGGUUCGACUCUGCCUGGGAGUGUAUCUUUACUGGGACAUGUGCAGUUCGUUCUUAGUAGAACCCGGUGAACCGCAGAGUAUCAACUCAUUCAUAAUAUCUCUCGCGGUGCAUAGGAUGGGUGACUGGCACCAUCCGAUGUACGGAACAUGUAGCAGCCUACUCCUUACAAUAGCCAAUGUCGGACGGUAUUGCCGAAAGGUACAUGAUAUGCCGCAGAAUCGGAACUUCACUCAAGAAGCCAUACUGGAGGCCCAGCUUAUUGAAUGGACGACGAGCGCCCAAAAUCCCGACCUCGUCCACUUAUACGAAGCGUUCCGCUAUCAAGGUCUCGUUCUACUUUAUCAAUCUCGAGUUCAUGCACAGAGGAGUUGUUCCACGGAUCGGGAUAUAACUCAAGCGCAAGAGCUGUCGAUACUAAAGUACGCCGAAGAGACAGUACGCCAUUUGAUACUGAUUCCUUCAUCGUCAUACUAUCUGAACUUCCAAUCUCUCGCUCUCCUAUCAGCCGGGUCCGAAUUGACCGAGUCAAAUAACUCCCUGCGCGAUAAAGUGCGUGAAAGACUGCGAGCCAUCUAUUCAUUGAAUCGUCUUCCCACAAAUCUUAUGGCUCUUCAACUCGUUGAAGAAUUUUGGAAUGACCGAGAUAAUGGUAACCAUUCCUUCUGGCUAUCGCGCAUGCUCCAGAAAGACUGGUUGUUGCUUCUAGGAUAGGGUUUGAUUUACUCAAACCCCAAACAUUGAACUACAAGAAUGGUUAAAUGCUUCGCGAAAACAUUUGAUGCUGUUCAAAAUCCCGAGACCUUCUAAAUAAUCAUGAUUGAAGGAUGACGGCAGCAGCCGGUCAACUACCGCGUCGAUCAGCACUUGAUUUUAACCCGAAUACGUCAGAUACGGAGCAGCGGCUUUCGAACAUAAUACCCCACAGACCUUGUCAAGGGCAAGGCUUUAUUAGCACUGUAUAGUGCAGACACUACCAAACCCGUCGUGCAUAAGGCGUCAGCACAAGCAAAAGAGACUCAUCCGGCUCAGACACACUCAGUCGGCAAAAAUGGCACAUAGCAACACAGCGUGGCUGAGGCCUCUAGUAGGGUAAGCCAUGCUGGCAAGUCCCCAUUUUCUGUGAGAAAUUGCGGCAUCUUAAUCUCGG